AUGGCUUCGACUGCUCUUGAACUCCUGGGCAUGACCCUGGCUGUGCUGGGCUGGCUGGGGACCCUGGUGUCCUGCGCCCUGCCCCUGUGGAAGGUGACCGCCUUCAUCGGCAACAGCAUUGUGGUGGCCCAGGUGGUGUGGGAGGGGCUGUGGAUGUCCUGCGUGGUGCAGAGCACUGGCCAGAUGCAGUGCAAGGUGUACGACUCGCUGCUGGCGCUGCCCCAGGACCUGCAGGCUGCCCGAGCCCUCUGUGUUAUCGCCCUCUUGCUGGCCCUGCUUGGCCUGCUGUUGGCCAUCACGGGUGCACAGUGUACCACCUGCGUGGAGGAUGAAGGAGCCAAAGCCCGCAUUGUGCUCACCGCGGGGGUCAUCCUCCUCCUUUCAGGCAUCCUGGUGCUCAUCCCUGUGUGCUGGACUGCCCACGCCAUCAUCCAGGACUUCUACAACCCCCUGGUGGCUGAGGCCCUCAAGCGGGAGCUGGGAGCCUCUCUCUACCUGGGCUGGGCGGCAUCUGCCCUGCUUAUGUUGGGCGGGGGCCUCCUCUGCUGCACAUGCCCCCCGCCCCAGAUCGACCGGCCCCGGGGACCGAGGUUGGGCUACUCUAUCCCCUCCCGCUCGGGUGCAUCUGGGCUGGACAAGAGAGACUACGUGUGAGGUGAAUGUCCAUGGAAGCCUGCUGCUUAGAACCUUGACCUUGUGCUGGAUGCCCUGCCCUAACCCUUGCCUUCUACUGUCAAUCCCUCCCCCAGGUGAAACCCACUUUACAGAUGCUGGAGCCCAGCCCGGCUGCAGAGCUAGUCUCAGCGGGCCUGACUGAGUCUAGACCCUCCUCAGAUGGUCCCCAUCUCCACCCAGGCAGGGUGCCCUGGCUUGCCCCUGCUUCCCCCAAUUUUCUCUCUUCUGCUGUCUCUUCUUCAGGCUGGCCCUCCUCUUCCUCUGAGCCCUCCCCUGCCCCCAGAACCUGGGCCUCACCCAAAGGGCAGUAGCUCCUUAUGCCCUCCCUGGCCUGGAGUUGGUCCCUUCUGACCUGGCCACUACCAGCAUCCAGAGGCCCAGGACAGGUCGUCUGGGAGCAGCCACUCUCCUCCAGGCCUGGAGGCCCUGCCCAUCAUCUCCCCCAACCUCAACCCCACCUUUGAGUAGGGA